GCCGAAAAUGGUAUCAGUUGGUAAGAGCUGAGCCCGUCUGGUAGAUGCCUAAGAUGCUUUGCCUAAAGCAACAGCUUAUAUUUGUGCUGCUCGUCCUGGUGGGCGUUGCCCUCGGUUCAAACGAUGGAGUUCAUCAUGUAGAAGAGCUGACUGGCAGGAGACUCUUGCAAGCACGCUUCGACACUGGCAUAGCCACUGAGAAGUAUACGCCGCCAGAGGAAAAAGAUCCACAGUUCUGGUAUGAUUUGGCCUAUGAGGAGCUGGAGAAGAGGUUGAAGCUGCCGCAGCCGGAUGGCAAGCGGGCUAAAAACUUGAUAUUGUUCUUGGGCGAUGGCAUGUCGCUGUCCACGGUGACAGCGGCGCGCAUACUCAAGGGUCAGAGAGCGGGCGGAACCGGUGAAGAGGCGUCGCUGAGCUUCGAACGGUUCCCACACACCGGUCUAAGUCGGACCUACUGCUCCAAUGCCCAAGUGCCGGACUCUGCCUGCACAGCUACGGCGUAUUUGUGCGGUGUGAAGACAAACAUCAUUGAGAUCGGCGUCAGCGCAGCGGUGAACUUUAACAACUGCACAGAAAGCCAAGAUCCAGCUAAUCGACUCACCUCCAUUGCCGAAUGGGCCCAGAAUGCUGGCAAAUCCACGGGCAUUGUAACGACCACAACGCUCACCCAUGCCAGUCCCUCGGGUGCCUAUGCCAAGACAGCGAAUCGCAAUUGGGAAUGCGAUACGGAUGUGGAAAGCUAUGGCGUGGACUCCAAAGAAUGCGUCGAUAUGGCCACCCAACUCGUGACCCAAGUGCCUGGACGGAAUUUCGAAGUCAUGUUUGGCGGUGGCAUGGGCAAGUUUUUGCCAAAGACCAUUAAGGAUUUGCACGGCAAGCCAGGUGAGCGUUCGGAUGGCGUCAAUCUGCUCUCACGCUGGCAGGCGAGUCACGAGGGCGGCGUCCUCGUCAGCAAUCGCAAGCAGCUGCUGAGCUUGAACGUCUCGGCCGUCUCCAGUGUCAUUGGACUCUUCGAGUCCAACCUAAUGAAGUUCCACUUGGAAGCCGAUCCCAGCUAUCAGCCCACGCUCUCCGAGCUCACGGAGGUGGCCAUCAAGAAAUUGAGCCAAAAUGAAAACGGGUUUUUCGUCUUUAUUGAAGGUGGAUUGAUUGACUACGGCAAUCACUACACAAAGGCAGGCUAUGCCCUGGACGAGGCACUGGAGUUCGAGAAGGCCAUUCAGCUGGCCCGCGAUAUGACGAGCAUUGAGGAUACCCUGAUCGUCGUCACAUCGGAUCACGGACAUGCCCUGACCAUAGCUGGCUAUCCUGGCCGGGGCACAUCCAUUCUCGGACUAAACCAACACGACUCAGAUGUCAAUGGCAUUAGGUACAGCACACUCAACUAUGCCGUCGGCCCCAAGAACUACAUUGAUGCGAAUGGCAAGCGCAUGGAUAUGACAUCGGAAAUCGGAGCCGAUGAUUUUGUUUUCCCUGGCUAUAUAACCAAGGAUCAGGGCGUGCAUUCCGGCGACGAUGUAGCCAUAUUCGCUUCCGGACCGCAGAGUCAUCUCUUUACGGGAGUCAUGCAGCAGCACACGAUUCCACAUCUGAUGGCUUAUGCUGCCUGCAUUGGCAACGGUCCCAAAUUAUGUGAUGCCAAGUAGAG